AUAACCUUAUCAAAACCCCUCACUCACAUUCAGCUGAGACCUCAGACUCACACACAGCUCUGCCUCAGCGCUCUGCCACAGCAUACAUGGAGAUGGACAGUGAGCCGUCGACGCCGAGCCAUUCCUCCUACUUCACCGGCUGCAUGGCCUCCCCGGCGUGGCUGCCGGCCGUGCACCGGAGCCCCGGGCGGUUCCACCUCCUGUCUCGCGACGGCGGCCGCGACAGCGGGCGGCGGGCGUGGAGGCGGCUGCUCAGGCGGCUGGUGAGGAAGAGCGCCUGCUGCCCCAGCCCCAGGGCGCCGCCCCCCAUGAUCACCUUCCAGUACGACGCCGCCAGCUACGCCAAGAACUUCGACGAAGGACGCCGGCCCUCCUCCGCCUCCGCCACCGCCGACAAGCCGGCCGCCGGCGAGCUGACCGACCCGGCCGAGCGCCUCAGAUGACUCCUUGAUUUUCCUUGUCGUCGGUUCACGUGUAGCUGUUGUUCUUGGGUGGCGGUAGUUGCGACGUCGGUGUCCAUGUCUCGGCGGAAAAUCGCUGCUUGUACAGAAGAUGCAGACUGUUCUUGUUCAAAUGUGACUCCCUCUCGAGUCUCGUCUCGUC